AUACGCGAGAGUGGGGGAAGCGGCCAUGUUGCGAAGUCGCAUGCGACCGGCAGUUGUUGUGCAACGUUCUCAGCGUGUAGACGUGUUGUUACGUCUGUUACGAACACACAAUAAAAUUUCACCUCGUCGCUGUUGUAACCUAACCGUCUACAUUUCUCUCCUGACUUCUUCAUUCCUGGAACAGUAGGAGUCGCUGGGCUAGGAAACCCGCAUAAGUGUAGCGUACAUCUACGCCUAAACUUUUAUAUAACAAUGACUUUUGUCCGGAGAAGGUAAUCUCGGUCUUGUAUAGUAAAACACAGCUAUCUGUCUUUUCAAUUCUUUAUUUCUCUUCACAAGAUGAACACGUGUCGACACGGUAACCAGCGAUAACCAACUUCUAACGACUCUAACUGCGUCUCGUAAUUCAAAAAAACGAAAACCUUCUAACGCUAGAUUCUCUAGCUUAGGUUGGUAACGCUGCUUGGACCUAUGACUACAUAGGUUGUGUAGGUCCCUACAUAAGUGGUGCACGUGGCGUCAUCUUGCAGCGCGAGCGUUGACUCGAUUCGCAGAGAUAUCAGGCGGCCCGUGUUCUACAAAAUGUUUCCUUCGAUGGCGGCGUUGUUGCUGUGUGUGGACCCCUACAGAGCUGGCUACGGGGCAGUCAAAUGUCUCGUAAAGGAACUCCCUCCGCUUCCAAGUCAAAACAAAUCCCGCGAAUAUUUCGUAAUCGACGCGGUUUGUGUUCGGUACGCGGUUGGGCGCACGGCGAGGUCGGCGUUGCGGGUGGAUCCGUGAUAGGUUACACCGAAUCGAGUCUGCUGCCCACUUCGCCGGACGAGGACAAAAGAGUGGAAGCAAAUAAAAAAGGAAAACAUAAAACAGCGAGCGGCGACGACAGAACGAGUGGACAGUACUCCGAAAGAGUCUGGGUGGAGUGUAGCCACGAGGUGAACGGCGUCGCGAACGAGGUAAACGUCGAGGGAAUCGCGAAGACAGCCGACGUCGAGACCGUAGCUGAUAUCGAGAAAUGGUUAAAAACGCGGACGGAGUCCGUGUCGAGCAUGGACCUCGACGGGAUCAAGUCAGGGGUCGAGGAGGGCGUCGACCGAUACCUGGGCGAGGAACUCCAGCACGCUUUUCUGGAAAAGGACCCUGACGGUCUCUCCAUCGACAUCGAUCUGUCUGACAAGAAACUUAACCUAGGUUAUGAUCCCUUGCUCCAAGAGCUGCAGAACGAAAAGCUGCUCGACGCCUGCGAAAAGGAUGGUUUCAUAUUGCCAGAGUUCCAGUUGGACCCUCUGGAUCCGUUGGCAUUAUCUCCUGACGACAUGAUGGUCGCCGGCGAGAUCCUACCAUCGACCAGCGCUCAAGCUUUAAGCGUUCCCAACAGGGAUGUCGAGGAGAUAUGCCCAGAACCGGAUCAAGCUUCUUUAAUAAGAAAGACCAUGAUUGCAGAGGAUCAAGUGUCCCAUAGUAAAACCGCGCAGAUCGUUGUUGACGUUUUGCACGACGUAGAAAAUGUAAACAAAGUGGACAAUAUUCAAAAGGACAGUUGCGCACCAGAGAACGAUUCGAAUCUGUAUAUGCAAGAUCUGGGGUCAGAGAAUGCGAUCCACCAGUUGCCAAACAGUAAGUUGAUUGAAGCUGAUUCGGAGAAUGUUAUAAUUGAACAGUUGAAAAGUAAAGCCAAGGUGAAAUUGGAACCACGAAUUAUUAAGAAGCGGAGGAAAGUACCAGGAAUUGGGGAGACGAAGAUGAAGAAUGAGAUUACGAUAUCUGGGGAAGACUUUAUCGAUACCGAAGAUGGAGUGAUGGCGGUUGUAGCGAUAUCUACGGAUAAAAUUUCGAACAUGACUCAAAUUGUUAUAAAUACGGGUACCGAGGAACAGAUUUAUCAGGGGAAGACAUCGGAGCUCAUAGAGGCCACGGGGAAUUUUCCGAAAUUACCGAAAAUAGAUACUUCGACGGCUUGGAACAGCACGAUAGAACAGAAUGCAGAGAAUGGUAGUAAUCAUGAAAUGGUGAUAUCUAAUGCUUUGGAGGAAUUGGGCAUUACGGACGACAACUUACAACCGAUAUCGAUAAAUGAGCAUGGGAAGGUAUGGGACUGUCCACGCGAGGAUUGCAGUAGACAAUUCAGCAAGCUUUAUGCCCUGAAAGGCCAUCUGUUAGCUCACUAUGGUGUGAGACCCUUUAAGUGUGACUUUGAAGGAUGUGCUUGGGCUUUUUAUUCGGAAUUUAAGCUCAAACGGCACAAGGAGACACAUUUGAAACGCAAAGACUAUGUUUGCGAGGUACAGGGUUGUAAUCGACGUUUUACUACAAUUUACAAUUUGUGGAGCCACACAAAGCUACAUACUCGCCCUAAUAGGAUAGUAUGUCAAGUGCCAGACUGCCCAGAAAAGUUUCAAACCAAGAGGGCUCUUGAACUGCAUAUGAAAUCUCACGAUCAGAGUCAUGCUCCGUACGUUUGUAAACACGAAGGCUGCGGUAAAAGAUAUUAUAGUAGUAAUGCUUUGACAUCGCAUCAAAGAUGCCAUAGUUAUAAGGAAGUAGACGUAAAGUGUUCGUGGCCUGGCUGCGGAAAAGUAUUCGACAAGCCAUGCAGGUUGAAAGCGCAUAUACGUUCGCACACUGGUUGCAAGCCUUAUCUUUGUACAUUUCAAGGCUGCCAGUGGGCCUUCUCGUCGUCUAGCAAAUUGAAAAGGCAUCAGAAAAAACACACCAACGAACGAAAAUUUGUCUGCGACGUUCCUUCCUGCGGGAAAGCAUUUAUGAGAUCGGAACAUCUCAAGGAACACAGGUUGACGCAUAAGGAAGGCAGAUAUUUUCAGUGUUUUAUAUGUAACGCCAAGUUUUCCGCGAAAAGUAGUUUGUACGUUCACAUCAAGAAACAUCAAAUUAAGGAGGACGUAGAGACGAAUUCCCACGACACCGUCAAUGGACAGAAACGUAGUAAAUCGAAGGAAACGCAUUGUUCCAGGAUAAAUCCGGUUGUGAAAUCAAAGAGAAAAUUGAUAGAUCUGAAUGUAAAUACGUCAUGCCUAGACUCGUCGAUAACGAUUAAAUCUGAACUGAUCGAUACUAAUCUCCGAAAUAAUAAUGAAAAUCAAAAUAAAGACGACGCAGUGCCUAUACAAGAUAAACCUAAAACCUUGUAUCACUGUCCUGUUGAAACCUGUACACGUUCUUAUACAACAAAAGCCACGUUAAGAGCCCACAUGCUAAAAGUACACGGUACUCCCGUCGAAGAUUGUGAUAACUCGUCGAAAAGAGUACCAGGGAGUUCCGUUUGUAACAUGGAUUACAUUUUGUGUACAGCUCCUUCGGUGUCGGAGCCUACAGAGCAAAUGAUAAUGGUAGCACCAUGUGACGCUAUUAUCCUUAGCGCAUCUGCGGAAACGGAUCGCUCUUUACCUGAACCGGAACCACCGCCUCUUUCUAACGUAUUGAAAACGUCGGAAUCUUCGUCGCAAGUUAUGUUGCAUCGACAAAUAUCUGAUCAACACGCGAGAAAAGAUCAGGGAUCGGCGAGAACUGAUUUAACAUUUUCGGACGUGUGGAAAUUAAAAGCAAACGGUGCUGUGUUAGACUCUCUCGUCGGAGCAUCCGACGUUGUGUUAGGUGCAAGUGAUUUAGAAGAAGGUUUAUUGCUCACAGAGGAAUUACCUUCUAUGUAUUAUCAAGAUGACGUAGUAGGAACAGAGUAUCAGGUGCUAUUACUUGAUUCGGUACCAUCUGAAAGUACUAUAAAUCUGCGGGGGCUCGAAUAAUUAAGCGACUGUAUUUGGAUGUGGGCGAAAAUUGAUCAUUGUUAUUUUUUAAUGUAGGAUAAGUUUUAAUAUGGUCUGUGAUCGAAGGCUCAUUUUAGCCUUACAUUCAUUCAUAUGGCAGUCCAUAAUUGCUUCAAAUCGUUAUUUUAUUAAUAAAUCGUUGCUAUUUUUCCAGAAAGUU